AUGGAAAACAUGGAUAUAGAAUUGUUAAUCCAGUUUGUACGAUCAAAGCCAUAUUUAUAUAACAAGGCGCAUAAAAUUUUUAAGAACGUGCAAAUAAAAGAAAAUGCUUGGGCGAAGAUAGCGGAAUCCCUUCAAUCCUCACCGGAAAUCUGUGAAAAAACAUGGAAAUCCUUAAAGGAGAAAUUUGUGAGGGAGAGAAGAAAAAUAAAAAAAACUCCUAGUGGAAGUGCCAGAAUGGAUGGUUCGGUCUGGACAUGGUUUAAAGAAAUGGAAUUUUUAUCUGAUUUUAUUCAGGAAAGGAGAAGAGAAGGUACCGUUUCUAAUAUUAAAGACAAAGGACCUGGUCCAAGCUCUUGUAGUUUUGCUGCUGGAACUAGCUCAAAUAGUGGGCCUUUGUUCAUGGAUGAUGAUGAUGAGGAAUAUUGCAUCGAAGGCUCACAGAGUAUAAUUGAGCAUUUUCAGAGAAGUCCUGCAAGUCAAGUUUCCAUUUUUAUGGAAGAAGGAGAGGCCUUUUCAGAAGUUGGAAGUCCAUCAUCUGUAAGGCCUGAAACUCCACUACUUUCGCAACCUCAGACUCCAGGCCUGGAACAUGAAACUCAACCGCCCGUGAUGUCUGGAAAUACCACUCUCCUGACACCAAAGCCACCAAAAAAAAAACAUGCCAGCCUCCGACAAUGUUAA